CACACACACACAGACUCCGACAUGUCGAGCUUCGAGGUUUCUCUCCAGCAGCUCAACGACCUGUUAACAGACGACAGCGGUUUUUACAGCUGGCCCACCAAACACUUCCAUGAGGUUUACCCGAGGAUUUACGUGGGGAACGCGUUUGUGGCGACGAACGCGCUGCGUCUGCGGCGCCUGGGCGUCACGCACAUCCUGAACGCAGCGGAGGGAAACUCCUUCAUGCACGUCAACACCAGCGCCGAGUUCUACGCCGGCACGGGCCUCCUCUACCGCGGGAUCCCAGCCAGCGACACAGACCACUACGACCUCAGCGUUUACUUUGAGGAGGCGGCGGACUUCAUCGGGAAGGCGCUGGCGUACAAACACGGGAAAGGUAAAGUGUACGUUCACUGCAGGGAAGGCUACAGUCGCUCACCAACCUUAGUCAUCGCCUACCUGAUGCUUCGCCAAAACAUGGACGUCCACACGGCUCUGGCCAUGGUGCGGCAGAAGAGAGAAAUCGGGCCCAACGACGGCUUCCUCCGGCAGCUGUGCCGGCUGAACCAACGGCUGGCGGCCGAAAGAAAGUCCUGGAACAAGUGAGGAGUGAAGAGAGAAGACACGUGAGCCACGUCGCCUCCUUUGUCUCGGCUUUAAGCCGCGGGGCUGUGAGCGGAAUGUUCCACAAGUGAGGGAAGAGGAUCACCGUGCUCGUAAUGUGUAGUUUAGUUUAGUGUGUUUACAUAGUGAACAUCAUGAAUGGUACAUUUUGCAGUCUUAGGACCAAAAAAGUUGUUUACUGAUACUUUAAAAUAAUACGAUUUAAAUGUUUUUAAAUCUCACAGUGUCACUUUAACACUCGUUAAAUCUGUUUAAAUCUGAUUGUUUUAGUCCAGUUGGAGCUGACGAGUUCCUCGUGUUACCGUGGACCUCACGUCGUGUCAGGUGUUAAAUAUUCAUAUUUGUCCGUGUCCCGCGUCGGUCGGUGAGUUUUGGUGCUGUUCGCUAAAAUAUAAAGUGGAUAUUAUGACACAUAUACGUGUAUGUAAGUCUGUGUACACUGGUGAUGCUUUUUGUCUGAGGAAACUGUCGAAACUGUGAUGUCUAAUAUGUUGAGUUCAGUUCAGAGACCUCUCUGUGUUGUUAUUGGGUUUAUUUGGACAUCGCGUGGUGUUUAAAUAGCUAAACCUGUGAUUAUCCAUCAUCAAAUAAUCUGGUGACUAAUUGAUUAUUAUUUUUUUUUAUAUUAUUAGAGAUGAUUCACAAAGGUGAAAUCCGGAUCCAAGAAACCAGAGCAUUGUGUGAGUAAUUUAUCGAGCUUUAAUUGAUCAUAAUCAUUUCUUAAUUGUUUAAUAAUGGAACAGUUUUGAAUUUUUAAGGACCACAAUUAACAUAUAUGAAUGUACCAUCACUGAACAUGAACUUUAAGGCUACUUUCCAUUUAGCUUUAGGACACAUGCUGGCCCAAGCGUUUCCUGCUAAAGUCAAUCAAAUCAAAUCAAUCUCUGGGAGAAGAUUAGUAGAUAGAUUUGGCCUGACACAGGAUUUAUGCUGAUGGUAAAUAAUCUGUAACUCUUGGUCCAAACAGAAACAUGUGACCUCACCAUGUUUGGUCUCAGCUGAGUGUGAUAUAAACACAGUGUUUACAGUGUUGUGUAUCUGCAGUGUGUGUAUUGUUAGUGUCGUGCACGACUCACGACUGAGUGUGAGUCGUCGUGCGUGCAUUUGUAGGAUGGGAUGGAGCCUCAGAUUAUGACUCUGCUGCUUCUACAAAGUGCACUUUAUCUAAUGACACUGGUGAUUGUCGUUGUUUUUCUCUUUUCAUACGUUCAGUAAUAAACUGGGAACAAAAGACAUCAGAGUAGUCCACUGUGCCAGGUGUAACCAUGUUGUCCUGUAGAGGGAGUCGUUGGACUGUUAAAGUGACUCCAUCUGCAUCUCAAUACUGUAAAAACACCAGUGUUUCUCCCACAGACUUUGAUGAUGUCAUCUGUCAAGUGUAAGACGCUCAAAAUGACAUCAAUUUUAUGCUAAAUAUUGACUUUGCUGAUUCCCAAAAAGGUUUCUUUCUUUGAGAGUUUACGUUGUUUCCCGUCCGCUAACUCGUGCAUGGAAUCCUCGUCCCUUGAAUUUAUUUUAAAAGUGGAAUAAAGGAGGGAGUUACUGUGA